AUGCGCGAGAGCGACUUUGAACGACAGUUAUCAUCUCCGAUGCUAGAGGUGCCCGGUGCCGCACUCAUGGCCCCAGGAACGGGAACAACAACGGCAUCAGCAGCAGCAGGGGGAGGACGAGGAGAUCAUACCAAACAUGCGCGAGAGCUGGAGGCCGCAUUCUGCCGAGAUUUUUACUGCUGUGGUCUGACGCUCUUGGACCUCCACGACCUGCUGCAACAUUAUGAAGAGUGCCACGUUCGGUUUGAGGAGGAUGAGGAUUGUGAACACUCUGUGGAUGGUAGCGGUGGUGGUGGGGAUUCAGAGUUCCUUGAUGAGGAUAGCUGGAGUGAUUCAGAGUCGUUGUCGUCUUCCUCGGGAAGUUCCUCGUCUCCACUUGGGUCAGGAUCCAGCGACAGCUUAAGUAUGAGCAGCAGGAGCACUGGACAGCACCACCGUCACCACCGUCACCAGCCUCACUUUCAGCAAUGCCCCAAUGGCCCAGCUAUCCCGACAAACAAGGAUGGUCAUGCAUCAGUUUCGGCAUCGUGGUUUAUGCCACCAUUGCCGUCGAGACAAGGGGGCGGUGGCAAUGGCGGUGGCGGUGAUGGACGGACACAUCAUCACCUGCAUGCCGAUAACAUCAACCCGACGACGCAUGCGCUGGAAGUCUUUUCGACGUCCCUUGUCGGGGUUCCUAAACGAAAAACGGUGGUGUCGCUGUCGGAUAUCUACGUCGAGAACGAGGGUGGAUAUGAAUACGACGAUGGGGAUCCUUCGUCUGCUUUUUUGAACACCAUUUUAUACAGGAACCAAAACAGCACAUCGUAUGGCUCCUCAAAUAGCAACAACAAUAAGAGCACCGACGUCCACUCAAGCGGCUUUGCAGAAGGAUUAACGGCGGGAGCAGCAGGCGCGUAUAACCGCGGGCAUGCACAAGGAAUCCAUUACAGCAUUCGUCCCAACGUGUUCCUCGGAGGCAGUGUCCCCACAACGUCGUCCGGAUCGUCCGCUAGUGGGCUCUCCCUAUUGACUUCGUCGAGCCAAUCGCCCUACAUCGUCGCCGCCGUCGAUCUGAUGCGCCAACGUGACGAGGUGUUCAGCAUCAUUGAGGAUAUGACAAAGAUACCUGCAAGCGCCUCCAGUGAGAACAAGCCCUACCGGUGCUCUGUCAUGGGCUGCGACAAGGCCUACAAAAAUCCCAAUGGACUCAAGUACCACAAUCUACAUGGCCAUUGCUCCAACAGUCUUGGGGACGGCGACAGUCCAGAGUCAAAACCCUAUGUGUGCACGUUCCUCGAAUGCGGCAAGCGGUACAAGAACUUGAACGGGCUGAAGUACCACAUUGAGCACACUCACCCGAACCUCAUUGCUGCACUGCGAGCCCACCAGUCCGGACUGGCAAACCACCCUUUGAUUGUAAACGGACCGUUUGCAAACGGCAGCGCAGUGGUGAUGACGAUUGCAGCGGCUUUAGCAGCGGUGGGGGCGAGUCCGAUGAUGGCCCUGGCCGCAAACGCAAUCUUGACUGCCCAGACAGCGGCAGCCAACCAAGCCAAUGCAGCAGCAGCAGCGGCAGCAGCGCCUACUUCCGAGUCAGCCGCUUCGUCUUCUGGUCAGUUAAGCCAUGGGGGCAACAAGUUUGUUUCGGAUUCUGAACCAACAGUCCCUUUGGAGGGAGGCUUUGUGUCUACGACGAGGUCAGGGUUACCGCAGGUUGUGAUGGCCAUCUCCGGGAGCCUGGAGAGUGGGAGUCAUCACAGCAUGGUUCCAAUAGCCCCAGCACCACAGGAUAAGCGCACCCCGUAG